AUGGCAGGUGCUCCUAACUCGCCACGAUUUGAGUCCGACAAGGAGGAUGGUGAGGAGUCAAAGACCCGCAAGCUUGUAUUCGACGGCAUCGAUGCUGCGGCCAAAUGCGAUGGGGUGGACGUCGACAAGCGCAUGCUCGAAGGGCGUAAGGCCAAUCGUGGGUUCACCAUCGCGGCAGGGACGGCCGCCGAUCCGGAUUUCAGCGACCUCCGCAACUCCAAGCGCGCACAGACGCUCCCAGCCGACUGCUCCCGUCGUGGCGACUUCAAUAUGAGCGAAGACAGCAAGAAGCAGUUGGAAGAGAUGCAGCAGCACUUGCUGUCCCGGUACCGCCAUGGCUCCGUCAGUCUCGCCUUUGACGUGAUUCCCCAGGUCCACACCUCGCUGAGCGCUGCGGUGAGUGCCGCGAACUCAUCAGAAGAGGGUAAGUGCUGGGCCGCUUUACAGCUUGGAUCGUCGACUCUCUCCGAGGUGCAGACGGCACUCCAACAAGGAUCCAAGCAUCUCGCGGUGCUCUUGGUGGCCACGCAGAAGCUGGGUGCUGCAAUGUUGAAGCCUGUCUCCCAGCUGGAGGUCUUGCGUGCCAUGGAGUAUGGCGGUGUGUACGUGGCUGCCGGAGACUUGGAGAGCUCUGGUGGCCUCCUCAAGGAGGCUGCCGGCUACAUGGAGGGCCCCGCCUUCGUGCUGGUCGCUCCAGCGGAGACCAUCAAGGGUGAUGAGAACUGGACAUCCUUCACCUACGACCCUCGCAAGGAAGACAAAGGCUUGCCUGCCUUCUCCACAGACAGCGUGCGCGUCCGUCAGGAGAUCCAGGGCUUUCUUUCGAGAGAGAGUUUGCUGACGCUGAUCGCCAAGAAGUCUUUGCCUUCCGCGACGGCCGCCGACGGUGGGGAUGCCGCCGCCCUCAGCGAGGGAUUGGCUGCUGCCUCAAAGACCGUUACCAUCCUCUACUCCUCUGACACCGGCCACGCAGAAGAGUGCGCCAAAGCUGUGGCUCGUCAGUGCCGCAACGGUGGCUUCGCCAGCAGCGCCGUGCGCUGCGGCACCAUGGACUCCUUCGAUGUGGCCGCACUUGCCUCGGAGCCCUUGGUCGUCUUCUGCGUGGCCACUGCGGGGAAAGGCGAGUUCUGCGGGAACGGCCGGAACAUGUUCGGCAAGCUACAGGAGCGAAGCGACCUGUCGCUGAGCGAUCUGAAGUAUUGCAUCUUCGGCCUCGGUGAUUCGCACUACUGGGGCAAGGGCACGGAGGAGUCCAAGUUCAACUUUGCCAAGCCGGCCCGUGACCUCGAUGAUCUUCUUGAGAAGAUGGGAGCGCAGCGCAUGAUGCCCACAGGCUUCGGUGAUGACCAGGACACAGACCAGUACCACACUGGCUUCGCCGAGUGGAAGGGCCAGCUUUUCUCCCGACUCGGUGUUGACAAGGCCGAUGCGGCCGGUGGCGGCGAUGAUGGCCCAGUGAAGACAGAUGAGCAGAUCAAGGUUGAGACCAAGCAGCUGCGUGGUAGCAUGAAGGAGAGUCUGGACGAUGUCACUACGGGCCAGAUCCCGUUCCAGGACACCAAGCUCAUCAAGUCUCAUGGAAGCUACCAGCAGGAUGACCGUGAUCUUCGCGAAGAGCGUCAGAAGAUGGGUGUCGAGAAUGCAUUCUCCUUCAUGAUCCGCAUCCGCCUUCCAGGUGGCUUCUGCACUGCCGAGCAGUGGAUUGCCAUGGAUGACAUUUGCCAAAACUUCGCCAAUGGCACAUUGAAGAUCACCACCCGGCAGACGUGGCAGGUGCACGGGGUCUUGAAGCGCAACGUGAAGGCCACGAUGCGCGCCAUGAACAAGGCCUGCAUGGACACCUUGGCUGCCUGCGGCGAUGUUUGCCGCAACGUGCUCUGCACCUCCCGGCCGGACGUCUGCUCAAAGGAGCUCCAUGCAGAGAUCUUGCAUUAUACCUACGAGAUCCACGAUCACUGCUUGCCCCGAUCCGGCGCCUAUCAUGAGAUCUUCCUCAUGCAGGGGCCAGAGAUGGCGGAGAAGAUUCAGAUUAUGGGUUCCUUGCCGGUGGAGGAGGAGCCUUUGUAUGGACUCACCUACUUGCCGCGAAAGUUCAAGGUCGCUGUGGCCAUCCCUCCCAGCAACGACGUGGACCUCUUCGCCCACUGCGCAGGCUUCAUCGCCAUCAUUCAGAACGGCAAGCUGCUCGGCUUCAACGUGGCAGUUGGUGGUGGCCUUGGAUUCACCCAUAAUAACCAGAAGACUCAUCCUCGCCUUGCGGACGUUAUCGGCUUCUGCAAGCCGGGCGAUGCGAAGUACGUCUGCGAGUGCAUCCUCACGGUCGCCCGUGACUUCGGAGAUCGUACCGGCCGAAAGCAUGCGCGAGUCAAGUACACUGUGGAGGACUAUGGCCCAGAGUGGUUCAAGGAGCAGGUCGAGGAUCGCCUUGGGUUCAAGCUUGAAACCGCCAAGCCUUACAAGAUUGAGCACCGUGGCGACCUGCAUGGCUGGGUGAAAGCCAGCGAUGGCACCUGGAGCUGCGGCCUCCUUGUGCCCAUUGGGCGGGUCAAGGAGAGCACACGCGUGUGCAUCCGGAAGAUUGCCGAAGAGCUCUCGGGCAAGGAGAAGGGCGGUUUCCGUAUGACGUGCAACCAGUCCCUGGUUCUGGAGAACAUCUCGGAGGCCAAGAGGCCAAUCAUCCAGAAGCUUCUCGAUGAGUACCAGGUGAUGCACAGCCAGGAGACCACCGUGAGUGGCCUGCGCCGCAACAUGGUGGCUUGCGUCGCCUUACCAACCUGCCCGCUGGCCUUCGCUGAAGCAGAGCGAUAUUUGCCGACCCUCGUGGAGCGCUUGGAGGCCGUGGCGGACAAGGUUGGCCUGGGACAGGAAGACAUUGUCAUCCGCAUGACCGGCUGCCCGAACUCUUGCGGCAGGCCUUCGAUGGCCGAGAUCGGCUUCAUUGGAAAGGCACCAGGCACCUACAACAUGUACCUAGGUGCUGACUUUGUGGGCCAGCGCUUGAACACCCUUUUCGCGGAGUCCGUGAACGAGGACCAGAUCAUCCAGAUCCUCACCCCGAUCUUUGGCCGCUUCGCACAGGAGCGACAGAAAGGAGAGAAGUUUGGUGACUUCCUGAUCCGCACGAAGAUCGUGAAGCCAAUGAACAAUGGUCGUGAUUGGUGGACCACGCCCGAGGACGUUCUCGAUGAGACCUUCAAAACUAAGGUGGUUGGACACAGCCACGGCCUGAUCACGGAGGGGCAGCAGCACGGUGAUGAGCGUGAGCGGGUCUCCUGGGGCAACAUUCCCCUCGAUCCUCCUCCGCUGAUCGCCUGCCAGAAGGGCUGCAAGGGUUUCAAGGACACCUCGCCCAACCAGGACAACUUCUCAGUGACGCACUUCAAGAGCGGUUACACCUUGGUUUGCACUUUUGAUGGCCAUGGCCCGUUCGGUCACAUUGUGUCGACUCGUACCGUGCAGACGGUGCCCUGGUUCAUGGUGGUGGAGUCCGGAUUUGACAAGGACACAAUUGACGAGAGUAUCAUCGAGAAGGCUUUGAUCAAUGCCUUUGAGAAGGCUCAGAAGGACGUUGUGGCACACUCGCUCGAGAACGAUUGGGACGUUCAAGCCAGUGGAAGUACUGCGGUUGCAGCUCUUUUCAAGGGAAACAAAGUGUGGACCGCCAACGCCGGUGACUCUCGCUGCGCCAUCGGUACCGAAGCUGACAAGAAGGUGGUCUUUGAGACAGAGGACCACAAGCCCCAGAGCGACAAGGAGAAGGCCCGCAUUGAGGCCUCCGGUGGCGAGGUGCGCUCUCAGACGUAUCCAGAUGGAUGGGUGAACCACCGCAUCUUCAUCAAGGGCAAGGACUACCCGGGCUUGUGCAUGGCCCGCACGCUCGGGGACCAGUCGGUGAAGGACUACGGUGUCAUCGCAACUCCCGAGGUUCUGCUUACGACCGUGGACCUCUCGAAGAAGGCGUUUUUCAUCAUCGCCAGCGACGGUGUGUGGGAGUUCUUGGAUUCGCAGUUCGUCGUCAAGGCCGUUGCCAAGAAGAUCCAAUCG